AUUCGCAUCGCUCAUGUAAUGUUUAUACGUAUCAGAUACGGUUACAGAGACAAUUUGCGACUCUGUCACUUGUAACACUGCCGACGUUCUUUGCUAACAGAUUUUGAUACACAAUGUUGAAUACGCUGAAUGUAACCAGCGAUGCGUGAUUCAUGAUCUGCUCGCACCGGUGAGUCUUAAUUAUUGACCUUCGCCGCGUAUUUUCCGAUGAGACAGGGACGACCUUGUUCCUUCUCCAUGCCGGUUGAAUGCGCGCGGUUAUUUCGACCUGGGAAAUACCGGCGCACGUGCUGCGAUUUGUUGUACAUAUAUGCGCGCAAUUAUAAUUAUCGGAAGUAAUUUUCUGUUCUUUUCUUUUUGCUCACAUUGCGCCAGAUAUUUUACACGUGUUGGCCACCGCGCAUAACACCGCCAGCAGCGGCACGGCCACGGUGUCGUUACCGAGGCGUUUUUAACGCGCCGUAAAAGGUCAUGCCAUUAUAUUCCCAUCCGGCAGGAUGCGCAAGCUAAUAUGCUUCUCCUAAAGUUACGAACAACGGAAACGGUCUAUCGCACUGCAGCGCAUCGAUGUAUUUAUGAAUAUAUAUAUAUAUGAAUGUGCGUAAAAACCCGCACGCGCUCCGUGAACGAUUUAUUUGGAUGUCGGUAGUGUCCCACUCACAACGGCAUCUUCCUCGUUGGAUUCUCGAAUCUUUGAGAUGAAUAAAAUCCUACUGUACUUGCUGCCGCUGUGCGAGCUGCUGCAACGAAGUAACGCCUAUCCGCAAACAGACGCUACUUCCACAAAUCAGCAAUGCUUGUGUAUUCCUAGAAUCAGUUGUUCCAGCGGCGGUGGCGGCAUUGAUAUCAGAAUUGUUAAUACGGGAAAUACUUGUUCCCCUGGAUAUGUAUAUUGCUGUUCUGGCGGUUCGAAUGGUGGUAAUUCUUGCGGCAUCAGAAAAAUUCCACCCUCGUCGCAUCCAGUGGGGCAAGCUGCGUAUGGUGCAUAUCCAUGGCAAGUGGCUAUUUUAGCCAACGAUAACAACUACAUUGGAGGUGGAGUGCUAAUCAGUCCAACGCACGUUCUGACUGUCGCUCAUAAAGUGGCGAAUUAUGUGUGUUGCGGAAACAGUAUCAAAGCAAGGCUAGGUGAGUGGGACGCUCAAUCUACCACCGAACCUGAUCCGUACGUGGAUAUCUCCGUGUCGAGAGUUACUCUGCAUCCUCAGUAUAACUCGCAAAAUCUGCAGAACGACAUAGCGGUGCUCAAAUUGAGUUCGGCCGCUCCAAUCUCAACCAGUCCCAACAUUAACACCGCUUGUUUACCGUCCGCUGAACCUGCACCAGGAACGAGAUGUUGGGUGUCGGGUUGGGGAAAGGACGCCUUUGGACCUAACGGGAAGUAUCAGAGCAAACUGAAGGAAGUGGAUGUACCCGUGUUGGCUCGAGCGAAUUGCCAAAAUGAUCUUCGGAGUACAAGACUCGGCCAGUUCUUCGUUCUGGACAACAGCUUUAUGUGCGCUGGAGGGGAAGCAGGCAAAGAUGCGUGCACUGGCGACGGAGGUUCACCGCUGGUAUGUUCGAAUAACGGACCGUUCCAAAUCGUCGGAUUGGUGACAUGGGGUAUUGGCUGCGCAGGUGCAGGAAUACCUGGUGUGUACACCAACGUGUUCAACUUUCUCUCUUGGAUCAUGCAACAAAUGACAUAGCUUAUGGAAUAACAGUUUGAUGCCAUUUUACUUAUUUAAUAGCUUCUGUUAGAUUUAAAUUUUGUAUUCAUCAAAUGUGAGAUUAUUCUUUGUAUUCAUCGUAAAAUAUAGCAUUUAAUAUGUAUCAUAGAAAUAAAAUAAAUAGAUUAUAUAUAGCACAAAUGUUAUCGCGA